UGUGAUGUCAAAUAAGUUUUCAGCAUUGUAAAGAACAGACACAAACUUCGCUUCAAUCUAUUCAAUCAAAAUGGUAACACUCAAGUGGAUCUUCGCCAUCGCAUUGAUCGUGAUCGCUAGCAAUGCAGAUGCCCGUAGUCCGCCUAGACCAAGCCCGGGUCAAGUUGAUGAAAGUGCUGCUGAUUGCCCCCAAAUUUGCCCUGCUCUCUACCGUCCCGUCUGUGCCACAUUGCCCAAUGGCAGUAAAAUGUCCUUCUCUAAUUCCUGUCAAUUGAAUGUUGCCGUUUGUUCGAAGCAGAUACCCGCCGUUCGUUCGCAACAGGAGGGAGACUGUUAAUUAUGCUGCAGAUACUUGAAAAAUUAAAAUAGUAAAGAGUUAUUUUUCCAAUUGUUAAGUUAAUGAGAACAGAAUAAAAUUUCUGAUAAAUUAAAA